AUGCCAGCAGCAGCAGCACGGCCGCCGCGGAUAUUGAUCUUCGGCACGGGCAGCAUUGGAGCCGUAUACGCGUGGGUUCUGUCACGGGCAGUUGGCGAGUCCAACAUCUUCGCCGUGUGCCGGUCGAACUACGACAUCGCUCGCAGACAAGGCUUCACGAUCAACUCGGCCCUCUUCGGCGAGAAUCUGAACGUGCGCCCCGUCGUGGUGAAGUCUGCUGCCGAAGCAGCCGCCGCCGUAUCGAGCGACGAUGAACACUCCUUCUUCGACUACGUUGUGGUGACCGCAAAAGCCAUCCCCAGCACACCCUCGAUCCCCUCCCAGAUCCAGGAUGCAGUCGGCCCGGAGACAAGCGUCGUGCUGAUCCAGAACGGCAUCGGGGUCGAGGAGAUCUACCGGACCGCCUUCCCCUACAACCCCAUCCUCUCGUGCGUCGUCUACCUCCCGGCGACCCAGAUCUCCCCGGGGGUCAUCACCCACGCAGAAGUCGAGCACCUCCAUAUCGGCACAUUCCCGUCGACCGCACCCCGAUCCCACAAAGCAGGCGCGCAGGCCUUCACAGAUCUAAUCCAAUCCGAACCCGUCAAUGCAACUGCGACCCUACACGACGACAUCCAAGAAGAGCGCUGGACGAAGCUCCUCGUCAACGCAUCCUGGAACCCGAUCUGCGCACUCUCUCGCAGCCGCGACGCCCAGUUCCUCUCCUCGUCGCCGAUCGCACCUUCGAUCGUGCGCAGCGUCAUGCUAGAAGUCGCAUCCAUCGCCCGCGCAGCAGGCUACCCCGAUGUCUCGCCGGAACGAGCGGAGCAUCAGCUGGGCCGCGCACAGGCGCGGACUCUGCCUGGUGUCGAGCCCAGUAUGCAGGCGGAUGCGCUGGCCGGGAGGCGGCUGGAGGUCGAUGCCAUCGUGGGGAACGCGCUGCUGAUCGCCGAGGACAAGGGCGUGGCAACGCCCUUGCUGAGCUUGCUGUAUGCCCUGGCGAAUGCGCUGGACCAGAGGGCGCAGCUUUGA